CAGUGUAGCGAACACAGCAGCUAUGUAAAGCCGACAACACAUUUCUACAAAUAAAGCCUCGACGACGAAUCAAAGGUCUACUAGAUGUCAACUCCUAGACAGAUAUAUCAGAGAACUGACGUUAGCUGAUUCUGGUAUCGCUCGCUGUCGCAAGACGUUUCCAGCGGCGUCGGAACGCGAAGGAGGAGAGGCAUCAGUAAUCAGACGAGCUCCCUCCCAACCGCACGUCUGAGGCGGAUUCAACUGCAGCACUGGGGAACGUAUCGCUGGAUGUGGGUGAAGACCGUGUGAAUGCGCGUGUAGGCUCAUCAUACGUUGGGAUAGCGAGAUCUGCUCAUCCUAACCCUAUGCGCCUUAAGAACGCUUCCCAAUCUGGCGGGUUCAGGACUGAGGCAGGUGUAGCGGCGAGGGCGCAUCCAUGAGCGUCUUCUCCCGGGACGGCAUGUUUUUAGUUUAACCGGAUUUGUUGAACAGACCGGGGAAGAGGAAAGGCGAGUUCGGAAGUUUUGAUGCAUAUGAUCACAACCACCAUGAUUUUUAUGAUCCUCGGUGCUUCAGUUGUCAUGUGGUCACAGUACCAGGUCAUGUAGCGGUUGCUGUGUUCCAAUACUGCUUGUCAUGUCCCGGCUGACUCGAAUGGUUCUUUGCAGGCGAUAGCGUGUUUAAUGGACAUGAACGCACUCCUGGACCGCUUUCACAACUACAUCUUACCGCAUUUACGAGGGGAAGACCGCGUGUGUCAUUGCAACUGUGGAAGGCAUCAUGUUCACUACGUAAUUCCAUAUGAUGGAGACCAUUCGCUCGUGGACUCGUCUGAGAAUUACUUUGUGAGUGACAGUGUGACCAAACAGGAGAUGGACCUCAUGCUGGGGCUGUUGCUGGGCUUCUGUAUCAGCUGGCUGUUGUUGUGGCUGGAUGGAGCUUUGCACUGUGCUGUGAGGGCCUGGAGAGCCAGUCGCUAUUAUGAUACCCCUUCCUGGUCGUGGCUGCCACAGUUCUGCAACCUCCGGGACCUGCGUAGACGCGCACAGCUCCGGCAGCUGGAGGAUUCCAGCGGAAACAUGGUGCACAUCAAGCAGAAGCUCUAUCACAAUGGUCAUCCCAGCCCUCGUCACCUCUGACUUUAAUGGCAGUUUCCCCAAAACUGCUCCAUUACCAGCUGCUGCCUCAGAGACCCACUUUAAUUGUUCCACUACAUCUUUUAGACCUUCAAAAACCACCUGAGUAUUUGCCAAAAGAAGAAAGAAGAUUAUCGUUGCCAAUAUGCUGAUCGGUGUCUACGCUGUGAAUGGUUUAGAAAGGGUUUUUUUUUUCUGUACAGGCAUUUUUUUUUUCAAUUGCUGAAUCUAGGCAUGCACUUUUAGAAUGGGGAAGGAUGCAAGAAAUGGAUUUGUUAGACACUUUGAGUCAGGUCAUGUUUUUUCUCCCCCCCCCCACACCUUUUUUAGC